AUGCAACGAGAGAAUCAUUCAUCGGACGAAGAAGACGAGGAUUGGAAUCCAAUGCCGAUAGUUGAUGCUCCGGAGGAGUUAGAAGACGAGGGUUGGAAUCAACUACCGAUAGUUGAUGCCCCGGAAGAGAUAGAAGACGAGGAAGAAGUAGCUGCUGUUCAAAUUGAAUUUGUGCCGGUGCCACAAGCAGAUUUUCCGAUGUAUGAAGAAGUCAUGUCCCGCGUUGGUCUUUUCCCGCUAGUGUCCAAUGAUGGUGAAGAAAAAAUACAACAGCUUCGCCGAGAGAUUGACAACCUUAUUCAAGAGGGACUUCUCGACUUUACGAUGAGCCCAAUCUUCGGCCGGACGCUUCAUGAAAUUGCAAUAACUUUGCGAUUUUUCUUCAUCCAGAAGUUAUACGGUCGAGAUCUGGCGAUCAACGUUUUAGUCGAAAGAGCUGGUGGUUUUCAAGAAAGUGCCAGAGAAUUCAUCAGAUUCAUCACCGAACUACACAAUGUAGGAACAGACUACGAUCAACGCAAUUAUAUUAUGAUGAUGAUCGAACGACGAGACCGUUCUGACGAAAUGCCUGACUUUGAUCCUCAUGCUGAAAUUGCCAAUUUGGCGUGA